UUGAUUGAACAUAAAACAAUUUGUUUAAUCUGAUUGACACUUUUCCUUUUAAUUAAUUUUAACCAUGGAUUUUAUGUGAUCUACUUGCUCUUAAUCUGUGUUACCUUUUCCUGACAAAUUGUCCAUUUGUUGUUUCAUUUCAUUAGAUUAACAAAUUUCGUUUCUAUAUUUUUCUCACUUGCAUGGUCAUUGGAUUUGUCCCAAUUUCGGUAAUCGUAAUAUCAUGUCAGUUAAUCAUCAUCUCGAAACGGAUCAAGUUAAAUACGAAAGCUAUGAAAGGGAUGAACACACGAUCACUCUAAUUGUUUACAUCAAGGAAAUUGUGGAUGGUUCUUACAAGGUGACUUUUGAAGAGUCUACUGUCAACAUCGUGUUUCAAACUAAUAAUCCUCGGUUAAUAUCUCCUGAAUUUGCUGAUUGUUCACCAGAAACUGUUUUCGAUUGGACAGUUAACCUGAAAAAGGAGAUUGUCCCUGAACAAUGUACCUACAACAAAUCGGCUUAUAAACUUGAACUUAAAUUGAAGAAGAAGAAACCAUUUAAAUGGGAUACAAUUGAAGAAUCUAAACCUAAAAUUUUAAAGGAUCAACUUCAAGAAAUUGAUUUAGCUCGAUUACCACUCGCACCAACUAAUGUUUGGAUACCCGCUACUCCAAUGGAAGGUGAUAUUGUCUCAAACGAAACAAAUUAUUCUAAUCUCGGAGGAGAUAAUUACAAAGCAUCUAUACCACUCCCACCACCGGAAGAGAAGAGGAGUUUCGCCUCAAAGUUUUCAGCUCUUAGCAGUUUCUCGGUUGGCGAAGUGGGUUACACUGGUUUAGAUAAUCUUGGUAAUACUUGUUUCAUGAACGCUGUUCUCCAAUGUUUAUCCAAUACCCAAGAAUUACGAGACUAUUUCAUGGAAAGUCAUUUUAAAGAUGAUUUAAAUCAGAAAAAUAUCUUCGGUACCGGUGGUCAACUCGCCAUUUCAUUUGCUGUCUUAAUGAAACAUCUCUGGUCAGGCGCUCAUCCCUCUUAUUCACCAUCGAAACUUAAAUCAUUACUUAGUGAUAAACUUUCUCAAUUUUCUGGAUUUGCUCAGCAUGAUGCUCAAGAGUAUAUGUCAUUUCUAGUUGAUGCUCUUCAUGAAGAUAUCAAUAGGGUUCGACAUAAAGGAAAUGUUGACAUGAAUGGUACAAAUGAUGAAGAAAAACACCGACCUGAUGCUGAAAUAGCAGAUGAAGCUUGGUAUAAAUAUCGAAUGAGAAAUGAUUCUGUGAUUGUUGAUCUUUUCCAUGGUCAAUUUAGAUCGAAAGUUCUUUGCCCUGUUUGUCCUUCUCGUGCCAAUGUUUCCAUCACCUUUGACCCUUUUCUUGUUCUACCUUUGCCUAUGCCAAAAAAUCAAAUCAUUCAUAGUGUAUUCUUUUUCCCUCGAGAUACCGCCAAGAAACCAAUUCGUUAUUUAGUUAAAUUACCUCAAGAUUCAGAGAUACGAAAUUUACUUCACUCUUUAUCCAUUAUCACUUCAAUUUCAUCAAGUAACCUUAGACCUCUUCUCACCCGCAAUGGAAUGAUUCUGAACAUAUUGAAACCCAAUGAAACAAUUCCAACAUUAAACAAUAUUGAAAUGUUACUAAUAUUUGAAACCUUGAGCUCUCAAGAUGUCGGUGAAGAAGUUUAUGAAUUUGCUGUCCAACAGUUACUUUCAAAUCCACCUUAUCUAAAAGCUUGUUCUAAUUGUAAUAAAGUUUCACUUGAAAAGGAAUUGAAAAGAUGCACCAAAUGUUAUCGAGCCGGUUAUUGUGAUCAAGAAUGUCAAAAGGCAAAUUGGAUUAAACAUAAGGAAAUUUGUUUCUAUCGCCCUGAGCCUGUUGGUUGUCCUUUCAUCAUUUCCAUCCCUCAGUCUCAAUGUACAUACAAAAAUUUAAAUCAAUUGGUUUCUGAUUAUUCACGAUUCUCUGUGGAUGUUUACUCUCCAUCCUAUCGAAGUGAUUCUAUCGAUGAAUGUCCAGAAAAUAAGGACAGUGACAGUGGAGUUUAUAGUGACACCUCUGAAAACUCUUGUUCUUCAUCUUCAACUGCAAGUAGUUCAUCUUUUCCCAAUUCUUCUUCCUCAUCUACCUCAACAGCAACAGCAACUUCAACAACAUCAACAUCCACUUCAUCUAUCACCCCAUCUUCAAGUUCAUCUUCAACAACCUCAAGUCCAGUCACAGCUACUUUAGUUCAACAAAAUUUAACCUCAAAUCAAGUAAAAGCCAAAUUUCGUUUACGAUAUCACCAUGGCCGGUGUUUUACCAGAAUAUCUGAUGAUAAUAUAAUCACAGAAUCGGAAGAUGAAUCAGAAGAUUCAAUUAUAAAAGAUCUUGAGUCAAAAUAUUUCCUCUCAAUGGAAUGGAAAUCAAAUGACCGGGGUAAUAAUCAGGGUGAAGGUUCAUUUUUAAUUGAAUCAAAAGAUCAAUUAGAUCAUAACUACGAUAUACUUGAAGCUCAACGAAUAGCAUCUGAAUGUCGUGAGCAUACUCUCCAAGAGUGUCUAAGUUUAUUCAUCGAACCAGAAAUUUUAUCGGCAAACGAAGCCUGGUUUUGUCCAUCAUGUAAAGAGCAUCGAGAGGCAACCAAACAAUUAACUCUUUGGCGUUUACCUCCAAUAUUAAUAAUCCAAUUGAAACGUUUCAUGUUUAAAAAUCCAUAUUACAAAGAAAAGAUAAACAAAUUUAUUCAAUUUCCUCAGGAAAAUUUGGACAUGACUGAAUUUUGUUGUCCCGAUUCUCCUCAAGUUGGACAACAAAGACCAAUCUAUGAUCUUUAUGCGACCAUCAAUCAUCAUGGUGGCAUGUUCGGUGGUCAUUAUACUGCUUAUGCUCGAACCCGUUUCAAGAAUCGUGAAUAUGGUUGGAGAUGUUUCGAUGACUCUCGAGUCCGAGAUAUGAACAAAGAAGAAGUGACAACUGAAAAUGCAUACAUAUUAUUUUAUAGACUUCGAGAGGAGAAAAUCAAUCAAUAAUUUACACCACUAACAAGAUGAAUUUAAUCAAAUCUACGCCAUAAUCGAAUCCAUGUUUUUUUUUAUUCUCAAAAUUAUCUAAUCAAUAACGUUCAUUGAUACAAAACAUCAAAUAUAUAUUUAAAUAAAGAAUUAAUUAAACCCAAAAAA